AUGGCAUUAGAAAUGCGUAACUUCGUCCGAGGCGACAUCCAUCUCAUGGUAAACCCAAGUUAUGCCUAUUGGAAGGAGAAGAUGAUCGAAGCGGGAAAUCGUCUCCAUACUUUAUUCAAUAUCAUGGAUCCAGCAUUCGAUACGUCCCACUUAGUGAUAAAAGUCCCAGCAACAUGGGAAGGGCUACAGGCCUGUCAUGAAUUACAGUUCAACGGAAUUAAAACAUUAGCUACAACAGUGUUCACCAUGGAACAAGCUGUCCUAGCCGGUGAAGCAGGCUGCGUGUCCAUAUCUCCAUUUGUGCAUGAGCUCAAGGCAGUUUUAGACCAAAGCUAUCAAGAUAGUGAUUCACUUCUAGAUUUGUGCCUCAAAGCACAGAGAUGGUACAAACAAGAGUCUUUACCGACGAAAGUCAAAGCUUGUGCCACUAUAGGAUUAGAUGAAAUCUUGCAACUAGCUGGUGUCACGGCGCUCACAUUGGUACCAGAUGAUAUUAAAAUGUUGCAGGCAAUCCAGAGACCCCAAUUUGAAGUGAGCGGUAUGUCGCUCUUUACAGAAUCUGGUGUCACACCAGAAAUAAUGCAGUAUCCUUCAUAUCUUCAUGAUGAGUUGAAGUAUCGAAUUGAUUUCAAUCUCGCUGAUCAUGGAAGAGCGCAAUUGAAGUUGGGCCAGAUUUUCUGUGACUUCCAAGCAAAGGCGGAAUGUGUAGUGAGAACGGAAAGAUCUGGCAGUGUCUAG